AUGUUUUACUUCAUAUUCGUUUCGAGUUUUAGGGUAAAGAAGAAAGCAAUCUACUCGCGACAAAACGCCAGAGCAAGCGAUCAUUUACUCGUGGAUAACAACCCUUCAGAAAUUUCAUCGUAUUGUGUUUUUAUAAUGGAGAAAGAGUUCAUGAACCUCACAGGAUGCACGUACUCUGUUGCACAGGAAUACCUUCGAAAGAAUGGAGGGCGUGUCGAGUACGCUUUGAACGAUUAUUAUGAUAAUGUGGAUACCAUUGGAGGUAUGCGUCAAUCUUACAAUCCCAGUUUAGUGGCUAUCUUUGAGAAGUACUCGAAUGGCGUUUCGGCAACAGAAUGGGACUCUUCUGGGCUAAUACGGUUUAUUGAAGACCUCGGUAUAUCGAUAGAGGACCCAAUCACGCUAUGUCUUUCUCAAAUGCUAUGCAUCGACGAUUUAACAAAACCAGUAUCUCGAGAACAAUUCCUAAAUGCCUGGUCAGAUUUAUGUUGCGACACUUUAAGAAAGAUGAAAGCCUAUUUACAUACGCUAGAAGAGAGACUGGAGACGGACAAAGAUUAUUUCAAAUCAAUCUAUUCCUACACUUUCCCAUUGAAUACAGACGAGGGAUCUCGUCAUUUACCUAAAGAUGUCGCAAUAGAAUACUGGAAUAUUUUCUUUAAAGACAAUAAAUAUGCGUUGAAAAUCUCCAAGGAGAGACUUAAUUCAUGGCUUGAAUUCAUCAAUUCUGACGACUCGGAUCCAAGGAAACAGAACAUCUCAAACGAUAUAUGGUUGAUGUUCUAUAAGUUCAUUGAACAAUACCCCAAUGACGAAAGUUUAAAACAAAACUAUGAUGAAAUGGCUGCUUGGCCGCUACUUAUAGACGAAUAUUACGAAUUCUUGGAAGAAAAUGACAAGCUGUGA